AUGAUUCUUUCCCAUUUGUUUGGCGCGCUGGUCGCCACGGCCGGCGUCGCCAAGGCCGUCAACAUCACCGGUUAUGAGUAUGUCAUUGUUGGAUCCGGUGCUGGUGGUGGCCCUCUCGCUGCCCGUCUUGCUUUGGCCGGCCACAAGACCCUUCUCCUGGAGUCUGGUGACGACCAGGGAGAAAACUACAACUACACUAUCCCUGCCUACUCGGCCAGAGCUUCCGAGGAUGAGAAGCUCUCGUGGAACUUCUUCGCCCACCACUAUGAAGAUGAGGAGCGCCAAGCUCGCGAUUGGAAGACGAGCUACGACACACCCGAUGGCAGCAUCUACACUGGCCUCAACCCUCCAGAGGGCUCUACCAUGAAGGGAACCCUCUACCCUCGCACAGGUACCCUCGGUGGAUGCACUGCUCACAACGCCUUGAUUGCCGUCUACCCCCACCAGUCUGACUUUGAGUUCAUCGAGAAGCUCACUGGCGAUAGCUCUUGGACUCCUGACAACAUGCGCAAGUACUACACCAAGCUCGAGAACAACGGAUAUUUGCUUCCCGGAGCUAAGGGCCACGGCUACGACGGCUGGCUGUCAACCGAGACAGCCCCCCUUAGCAUUGUCUUGGAAGACCCUCAGCUUUUGAGCAUGCUCACCGGUGGUGCGUUCGCUCUCGGCAACUUCACCGAUAACAUCAUGAACAUUGGUACUCUGUUGGCUGGCGAUGCCAAUGCUGAUUCCAAGAGCCGUGACACCGAGCCUGGCUACUACCAGAUCCCUAUCUCAACUGAUGAUGCUCACCGUAACGGUGCUCGCGAGUUCAUCAUUGCUGUUCGCGAUGCCAAGAACGACAAUGGCACAAAGAAGUACCCUCUCGAUGUCCGCCUGAAUACCCACGUCACCAAGGUUACCUUCGAUGACAGCGAAACCCCUCGUGCCACUGGUGUUGAGUUCCUCGAUGGUGAGCACCUCUACAAGGCCAGCCCCAUGUCCAAGUCUGCUCUCAAGGGUGUUCCCGGUUCGGCCACUGCUUCUCGUGAGGUUAUCGUUGCCGGUGGCGUGUACAACUCCCCCCAGCUCCUCAAGCUGAGUGGUGUCGGUCCCGCCGAUGAGCUCAAGAAGUUUGGUAUCGACGUUGUCAGCGAUCUCCCCGGUGUUGGCACCAACCUCCAGGACCACUACGAGAUCUCCGUGCAGGGCAAGAUCGAAAAAGACUUCUCCUGCUUGGACAAGUGUACCUUCAGCAUCCGUGACGAGGCCGACCCUUGCAUCAACGACUGGGAGUCGCCCAUCCUCGGCGACCGCGGCAUCUACUCCUCCCCCGGUCUCGCCGCGACCAUGCUGUACAAGAGUACCACCUCGGAUGAUGACUUCGACAUCUUCUGCUUCGGAGGACCCGUCAACUUCCGUGGCUAUUUCCCCGACUAUAGUAUCAACGCCACGGACGAGCACAACUGGUUCACCUGGGCCAUCCUCAAGGCCCACCCCCGCAACACUGCCGGUACCGUUGCUCUCCAGUCCGCCGAUCCCCUCGACAUGCCCAAGAUCACCUUCAACUACUUCGACACCGGUGUCGGCGACUACGCUGCCGAUCUCACUGCCCUCUACGAUGCCAUCGAGCUCGCCCGUGACGCCUUCGACCGCCAGCUUGUCAACAUCACCGAGGUUCUCCCCGGUGCGGACGUUCAAUCCAAGGAGGACGUCGAGCAAUAUGUCAAGGAUGGCGCCUGGGGACACCACGCCUCUUGCACUUGCCCUAUUGGUGCUGAUGACGAUCCCAUGGCUGUUCUGGACUCCAAGUUCCGCGUCCGUGGUGUCUCCGGUCUCCGUGUCGUCGAUGCUUCCGUUUACCCCAGAAUCCCUGGUACUUUCACGGCUGUGUCUACCUACAUGGUUGCCGAGAAGGCUGCUGACGAGAUUCUCAACGAGCUCAAGGCCAGCUCUUAA